AUGGCGAAUAAAUCAACAAAAAAAGGUUCUGUCAGUCAGAGACGACGGGUAUCUCCUCGCCAGAGCUCAACUGGCACACCGCUUGUCGAGAGCACAUCUCGACAUCCACAUGCUCACCCUGGCACAAUAGGGAACACCUCCGACAAUCCGUUUUUGGCUAGCUGGACUAACCAAGACGCUCAACCCUACCCUCCAGAUCCUCCUGCAAACGCUCUUGGUAAUCUGAUCGCUCAGAUAGAAGCUGCGCGAGCGGCUCCUCCAGGGAGGAAUCGUGAGUUCUUGGUUCAGACCUGUAGAAGGCUUUGCCGAGAGCUUGGAUUCACCUUGGAGUCGUUUACUAACGAGUUCAGAGGAGAGGGAGAAGCUGGUGGAAGUGGUAGUGCACAUAGAGGAUAG